AUGACUGCUCAAUUAAGAAAGGAUGUUGAUUUUAAUGGUCUAUUUAGAAAGCUUGGUAAGUUUACAAAUACAAUAUGUGAUUUUUUGUAACAGUUGAUAAAAUGUUAAAAUACUCAAGUCUAAUACUAAUAGUUAUAACAAGACUAUGUCAAGAGCUAGGUUAUUUUGUAAAAAAUUUUAACAUUUUGUAAAAAUAAACCAAUGGCAUUGUUGAAUAGAGAGCAUUUUUUUUUACAGAAUUAUAACACCAAAAUCAUAUUUUUAGCUGUUGUAGUUGUAGUUUUAAAGUUAAAGUUAUGAAUUUUUAUUAAUUUUUAAAGUAGGACUUGGUUUGUCCUUUUUUAACAUGGACUGCAUCUCCACAUUCUGUGGCCUCAUUCUGCUGAUCACGUCAUGCGCAAUGACUAUAUAGUUUAUAUAAGGCAAAGCAUCCCCUUAUCAUUAAAAUAAUGUUUAGGGUCGACUUAUUUUAAACUUUCAACUUAGGCACAUGAAUAAUUAAAGCUUUCCCUGACUAAUGGUUUAAUAGUUUUUGCACACGGGAAACUCUUAUGAAUGAAACUCUGAGGUAGUACUAAGAUAUAGCCGUUAUGCAAGUGGCUUUGAAUGGUUGCCAAUGACAAUGUGUUGCACACAGAAAAUUAUGAUCAUUAAUAAUACGAAGUGUCUACACGUCCGGCGCGCCGGACGUGUAGUGCGCAAGAUACACGUCCGGCGACUUGUCACGUGACCGCCGGACAUGGCCGGACGGCUAGUAGUUUUUAUAAUUCCAAACGAAGUAUGAUUUAGUACAUCUUGUCUGGUCUUGUGGUAGAGUGGUUGCUUGACGAUAGGAAGGUUUGAGGAUCUAUACCAGGGAUAGGGUCGUUUUUUUUCUUCCUAUUUUAAUUAAAAUAUUUUGUAUAUAUUUAUAUUAUCAUGUUCCUCAGCAACAGUAGUUUCAUGAGAAGUUUUUAAAUAUUUUGUAGCAAUUGAAAUAAUUUAAAAUGAAAUCUUUAACUGGCCCCUAAUUUAUUUUAUGGAUUACUGGUACACAAAAAAUAACAAACUAAACAAAAAUGUUUACAAGCCACUUUCACUUAAGUUUUUUUUCUAUUAUUUGCAUUCAAGAUACUCAGUACAUUACUUGGUAGAGAAAUAGAUUUUAAAAUUAACAAUAGUUUUGAAUUAUUCGCAGUCACGUGACAAGGCUGACCGACAAGAUAUCUCUCGCCACUUUGUUACGGCGGUCAUGUGACUUGGUCGCCGGACACAUAGUGCGGGAGAUAGACGUCCGGCGCGCCGGACGUGUAGACACUGCCUUAAUAAUAUGGACUCUACAGGGUUCUUAAAGUUCAAAUUAAAACAUUCCAGUUUAAAUGUCUUCAAAAUGCAUUCUAAUACACAACUUAUCAAAUAUUUUGAUGUAAAUAGUGGUAAUAAUUAAAUAUUUCCUAAGUAUCGGCAACUCAUGCCAUUAAAAAAGGGGAGUGGCCCACACCAUGUCUAAAUUAGGCAGAGCCAUUUUAUGGUGAUGUGGGUCACUGGGAUAAGCCUAGAGAACGUCGGACACGACCUACAUGAAUGAGAAUUGGCACACGUAUGCUUCAAUAUCUAAUGCUUUUCACGAUUUAAUAUGAAAGACCUUUUCUUUUUAUUUCACUAAAAAUUUUGUAUGUGAAGAUUCCUUAUAUAUACCAAAGAUUUUCAAAAUAAAGGUCGAUUGAAAAAGCAAAAUAGCUGGAUGGAAAUGUAGGCCAAGAUGUCUACCAUAAUAUAAGGCCGGAAACGGAAAUCAAAUAUAUGUCGAAAGUACUCAUUUAAUAAUAAAUAGACACACACAUAGGAAAAUUAAAAACUCGAAUUUUUCGGCGCCGAUGCCCAUUUCCGAUACAAAAAAGUAGUAGUGUCCCUUGUUUCAUCGAAGUACCUACAAGAGCUGAGCCAUACUCAUAGCUUCAGAUAUUUUAACUAGGAAAAAAUUGGCCUAUAACUAUAAUUUACAGUUACUUAUCCUGGCUUGGGGCAUAUACUCAACCCUUCUAAAAUCCUUAUUCUCCUGCAAGAAAUAAAAUUAAAUGCUUUUGACAGUCUUGAUCUAUGGAAUGGUUCAUUAGGCACAAAACUCUAGCAUUACUUGUACCUUUUAAAUAUAGUAGAUUUGUCCUAAGUAAAUCAUAGUAGCUAAUUACUAAUAUAAUAAUGUGCUUAUUAACAUUCUUCUCAAACAUCUUCAGGUCAUCCUCUUGAGGAAAUCAGAGUUCGUGCAUUGGAAAACAUUCAGUCCAAGCUAGAACAUCAGCUGAUCUGUUACGCUGAUAUAGUCCAUGAGAAACAACUGUAUAUACGCUUACUUGAGUGGUUCAACAUUCCAGAAUGUUCUCACAAGACAGAAGUUUUGGGAAUUUUAAACAGACUUGCACAGGUAAAACUUUUACUAAAAUUAAUUAAAAGGAUAUUUUUUUAAAAUGUAACUGAAGUUGGGGGGAGCAACAAGUACAAGAUGUUUGUCCCAUUUCUUUCUUGGCAUGUAACAAGUACAAGAUGCUAAUAGCUAGAUAUAAAGAAAUUAUACACAUCUAUAACAUCAUCUAGAUCAAUGCUGUCUAGUAUUUUUGACUCCACUGACAUUAAAGCCAUGCUGCAAAGUCUUUCUUGCGUCAUUGUGCUCCUGAGAUAGUUUUUGAUUAACUUGAGUUUUGAGAAUGAUCUCUCACAUGAUGCAAUGGAAGUGGCCCGAGUUAGCAGUAUUCGGAUGGAGGUUGCAAGGUUUGAGCACACAUUAUUACCAUAUGAAGCCAGCUUCCUCAAUAUGUCAAUUGGUGAUUGUGGUACUCAAUAUGUCAAUUGGUGAUUGUGGUACUGGUGUGUUGAUGAAAAGUGCUUGUGCAUCUAUGACAUCAUUGAUCAAGCGAUUUGCCUGUAUUUCAUCAUACAAACAGGAAAAAGUAACACAGUUUUUCAUCAGCGUGUCAUCAUCCACAGACUCCAACAGGUGUCUUGGUUCAGAAGAAAUCCAAAGGUGUCCACAUGGUUUUCCAGCCUUUGGAAUCUGUCCUUCAUCUCCAUAUAAAGUCUGUCCAGCACUUCUGUCGCAACAUGUUUGAAAUGCACUUCUAUUGACAGUCCUACAUCAGAACUCAACUCCCCAUCAAGUCUUUUCUUUCUUCUGGUUGUUUUGCUUACAGGAAAUCCAUAGCAUUCACUACCUUCUUUUGCUCUUUCGAUAGAUUGGGUGAUCAGUUUCAUCCCUUUCUCAUCAUUUUGCAGAAAGCAUGAAAGGGUCUUAAUCUCUUCAGCAGCUUCCCUUAUGUGCAGUCCAGACUUUUGUAGUUUCUUCUGAACUAUAUUGAUUGGGCGCAGGAGAUUUGACCAGAAUUCCAGAUACACAAAAAAUUCAUAAUUUUCCACUGCAUGAAGAAGAUUCUGUGCACUACUUCUAGUGUCCAUUCUUUCAGUUGUUGAUUCAGAAAGUCUGUCCAACAGCUUGAUGAUUUUGUCAAAAUGCAAGGAAACUGACGACAUAGCUUCUUCUCUUGAGGACCACCUUGUUCUACUCUCCUUUUUUAGACUCCCGGCUCCAGCUUCUUUCAGUUUGGCCCAUCUCUGGGGUGAAUAGGAAAAAAAGUUGAACAAUUCAUGUACAGUUUCAAAAAAGGUGACAGUUGCUGGAUCUAUCUCAGCAGAAUGAAGAGCUGCCAGGUUGAGAGAGUGAUUAUCACAGACAGUUGCUGGAUCUAUCUCAGCAGAAUGAAGAGCUGCCAGGUUGAGAGAGUGAUUAUCACAGACAGUUGCUGGAUCUAUCUCAGCAGAAUGAAGAGCUGCCAGGUUGAGAGAGAGAUUAUCACAGUUCAGAAAUGUUACCUUUGGAUUUAUGUCUAAGAGAGGCAGGCCAGACAGACGGCCACUCAUUGUGGCUGCGUUAUGUCUAAGAGACGUUUCUGCCAGCCAGACAGACGGCCACUCAUUGUGGCUGCGUUAUAUCUAAGAGAUGUUUCUGCAGGCCAGACAGACAGCCACUCAUUGUGGCUGCGUUAUGUCUAAGAGACGUUUCUGCAGGCCAGACAGACGGCCACUCAUUGUGGCUGCGUUAUCAUAGGUUUGACCUCUGCACACAUCAAAGUCCAUUCCAAUGUUGUUAAGAGUUUUCAGAACAAGUUCUUCAUAAUGUUGUGCAUCUGGCUUCACAAUUUCAAAGUAACCAAGGAAUGAAUUUUUUAUUUCGAAAUUCUCGACAUCCAAGUAACGAACUAUAAGGGAUACUUAUUGUUCUUGGUGAGAAACAUCUGGAGUGGAAUCGAGCAUCAGAGAAAAGUAACAAAUUUGCUUGACUUUCACAACAAUUGAUUCCCUAACUUUAUUGGCAAUCAAGUUUAUGAACUCAUUUUGAAUUUCUGGUGACAAAUAAUGUGUCUUCCCAGAUUCAAUUCUAUGUAAGUGGUGUUUUGUAACUUCAUCAAAUUCUGCUAUAAAUUUCAAAGAUGCUAGGAAGUUCCCAGGAGAAUCCAGUUUUUCUUUGUGGCCAUGUAAGCUUGAGUUGGUUUUUUCUAAGUACUUGACAGCUGCUGCUACACGCUUCAGGAUUUCUCUCCAAUACUGCUGAUUUGUCAAAAUUUGCACAUGAAGCAUAUGUGACAGCUCAUCUGGUUCUGCCUUAAGCCUUGCUUCUUCUAACUUCCACUUCAAAAAAGCUUGCCUGUGGUGGACUCCUUCUUCAUGUUCUUUCAGUCUCUCAGGUUUCUUCCAUUUGGUGAAACCAACUCCAGGUUUGCUCAAUGCACUAAAUGUCUUUUCUGGUGCCUCAGAAAACAGGACACAUGAAACAAAACAGACAUUCCAAGUGUGGAGAGAAGAGGAGCCAAGAUCGGUUGCAAAUUUCUCCUGUUGGAAGCUUUCUAGUGAACCAUGAUGAUGUCAAACUUCGUGAUUUAUUUUGGGUAAACUCUGUUGGAAACAAGUACUCUUCAUCUUUGUUUUGGGAAAAUAAGCUCCCCUUUAAUACAAUCUUUGCUCACAGUUCCUCAGAUAAACUUCCAGGCCGGAUAUAUCCAAAGUCUUUGUACCUAAUUACAGUUUCUUCAACUUCUGGAGAAUGUGAUUUUGUAAGAUCAUCACUUGACUCAUCGUCUGUAUCACAUUACUUCAGAUGUUUUCUCUGACGGUGGUAAAAGGUUCCAUCCCCCCCCCCCCCCGUGAAGUUUCUUCAGCACUACUUCUCUCAUCAAGAGGCAUUUCCACUUCUAAAGUCUCUUCGACUGCUGUAUCUUUGUAUGAAUCAUCUGAAUGGUGAUACUUUUCUUCGCCAUGUUCAUGAUCUCCUUUGUUUUCAGUGCUCUUAUCAGGUUUCUUCUUAAAGAGCCCUUCAACAACUUUCCUUGAUUUUGCAGCUUCUCGCCUUUCUGCAGCACGCUUUUUCCGUUGUGUAGCCCCACUCUGGUAAACUCAUUCUUUCGGCAUGGGGGAAGUUCCCCUAUAAAGAAUAGCAUUCUUUUAAUUUCACAAAUAAAAAAUAUACAAAAAAUUAUAUUUACUUGUUUCAUCCACCAUGAUUGUGAAAUUUCGUCAGACGAAUAGACAUAAAUAUAGGGUUUUUCAAUCAAUUUUUCCACCCUUGCAAUCAAUUUUCCAAUGAAAAAUUGUACACCCCUAUUUUAUAAUUUUCUUACAAUCAAUUUUCCCACCGUCGCAAUCAACUUUCCCAUCCUUUCAAUCAAUUUUCCAAUGAAAAAUUUUACCCCUUUUUUAUUUUAAAAACAUAACUAAAAAGCGAUAUGAUAAAUUUAUUAAUAGUAAAAGUCAAAUUUAUUCCUUUAUUUCCUGCAUUCUUUCUGAUCGGAUUAUGUACCUUAACAUUUUUCUGUAAAAUCCAUCACAGUUUGUUGUGGUAUUAACGCUAAAACCCUCAUUAAUACAAACAUUUAAGUUUUUCCAUUUAGAAAAGCAAGUCUCAAUUGGAUUGAGGAAAGGUGAAUAAGAGAGUAAAUACUCGAGUGUCAAGUUUAAAUCUGAAAUUGAAGAAGCCAAACCCAAAUAAUGGUGAAUUCUAGCAUUAUCAAGAAUAAAUAUUUUUCAUCUGUGAUACCCAAUUCUGUACAUUUUACUUUAAGGUUCAUUAACCUUAAAGUCCUCGCUAUUUAAAGCUUUAUCAUGAAUUUUGCUGUAUAUCAUACAGUCUUUAUUCAUGGCAGCAAAGACAGAAAUAUUUCUAGUUCUUGCUGCAGGCACAUCUACAUAAGCGGAUGUACCAACAAGCAAACAACCUUUUUUUGGUCUUGAUGAGACUGCAAAGCCCACUUCAUCUAAGAAAAACAAUCUUUCAGCACUAUGAGUUAGGCCUACUUCAUACUCUUGAACCUUUUGAACAUAAAUAAACCGUUUUUUAAUGGUUAUCUCAUUGUUUCGAGGUUCUGGAACUACUGUUGUCUGUUUAAGAGUAUAGUGAAAUGACCUUAGACACCGGUCAAUUGUACUAUGAGAAACUUUGAAAUGAAAAUUUUUCAAGAACCUUAUCACUUUACUCAUUCAACGUUAACAAGCAGUUCUCAUCGACCCAAGAAUUUGGUCUCUAUGUAUUAGAUCAAGCUCUGAACGCCUAUUUCCUCCCUUUUGUUUAACAACAAUUUGGCCAGUUUUUUUAAUAAUUAUUAAUUACUUUUAAAGCGGCCCAAUAGUUUAACUCUAAAGCAUCGGAAAUAGCUUUAGUAGACAUGCCUUGCCUGAUCUUGUUUAAAAAUUUUUCUCUAUUUUCAUUAGAGAUUUUAGAAUAUGCACAAACCAUAUAAGAGUGUAAUUUUUUUAAUGAAAUAAACCUGUAUUAAAAUUUAUUUUGAGUAUGUUUUUAAAAUAAAAUGAGGGGUAAAAUUUUUCAUUGGAAAAUUGAUUUCAAGGGUGGUAAAAUUGAUUGCCAAGGUGGGAAAACUGAUCGAAAAACCCUAUAUGUGAACUAUUACCCUUCUAUUUAUGUCUAUGGACAGAUCGAUUAUAGCAUGGACAUAAAAUAGAAGAUACUGAUAAAAUGCCGUCAAGAUAAAAUGUUUUACAAAAACCGGAGUUAUGUAUUGACAGUUUUUAAAAAACUUUUUACCAGUUUUAACAUCCGUGUUGAUAGACGUAAUUUUGAAAUCCUUAAUCUGUGUGGAAUACAUGCAACAGGGUCACUAACUUAUAUAACAACAUGAAUAGCAAGAUUACAUGGCAGCGACGUAAUAUUUAAAAUUUAAUGUAAAAAAAAUUUCGGGCACUCCUUCGGGGGCCCCCCUCAAGUAGGGGGCCGGGGGGGACUUUCAAAUUUGGACCCCCCUGCCCUAGCUACGCCACUGUAUUCAUGUUGAUUUGCAGUUUAAUUAUUCACCCCCCUUUGUCUUCUAUCUUUAAAAAUACUUAAUUUAAAAAACACUUAAUACUUAUUUGUAAAUAUGAAGUAUUUUUAAAAAAAAUUUAUUAAUGAAUAUACCAAAUUCCAGUAGAAAAAUUAGAAGACAACAUUGUGAAAAUCGUAAAACCUUCUAAAUACUAGUUCUAUGCUGACUUACUUAGAUAAAUGGUUUAAAAAAACAACUUUAAAUUCAACACUGAAUUUUUUUAAAAUGUAUCUCUUAAUUUAUGCAACUCAUAACUAUGCAUUACAAUAUAUCCCUGUAUUGAUAAUUGUCCUGUUUAAUGGCAGCAUUCAGCAGGGGCCCAGCUGUUACAGGAUAUGGGUGCAAUCGAAUUUCUAUCCCAGCUGCGCUGCGAUAUUGAGCCAUGCCAUCGCCCAAUCAUUGACCAAAUCCUGGAAAGUAUAAUGCUCUUGCCAGACACUGGAACAGAACAGCAUGCCCCUGAGUGCAUAUAUCAUAGACCUACAGACAGCGGUCAGUACAAAUGACAUAAUGUAUCACCACAACAUUAUGACUUUGACUAUUACAAAUAGCCCUAAAAAAAACCCAUUAAAUUUCUAUUUACUAACUGAAAAAAGAAAAUUAAUUUUUGCAUUACCAAGUAUAGUAAAGAAAAUAUAUUAAUGAAAUUAGAUGGACUGUUUUUUAAAUAAACCAGUGAAUUUUGUAAUGCUCACUCCUGUAUCAUAGAAAACAAUUGUAUUUUCUUGACUUGAAGCUGUCUGGGGUGCUAGCACCUUGACCACAGUUGAUGCCUCCCAUGGGUCUCACACUUCUCAAAGUCCCGGUCUGCGAAUGGCCACCAGCAUGGAGAGGUUAAGUCAACAUGGGGCUCAGGGAUAUUUUGCGGGUGUUUCAAGUGGAGCAGGUCAUCCGACAUUUGGAACCACUGACUACAACACAGAAGCUAAGGAUAUUUUGAGUUCUGCUGACGUAAGAGGUAAAUUGUGUUAAUUAGGUCACAAAAAAUUUUUUAAAGUAAGACAUCAUUGUUGAAUGAAGAUUAACUUUUCAAAAAUUGACGUAAAUUGUUAAUUAUGUCUCUGGAAUACGUAACUUUCCUUAUUAAAUUUUAACAAAAUAUUGUUAAAUUUUGAAUAAUCUUUUUCUUUCCAUAUAGAGAACGGCAUGAGUUUGUUCAGACUGUCAACAUUCCCAUGGCUUCCUCUGACCCAAACAGAUCAACAUGUGAUAGUUUCAACCAACAGGUAACGUACACGAGGUCUAAGCUGUGGUUCUGGUCCUAUUUCACAAGAACCAACAAAAUCACAAUCAGGACUUAUAAUCAUGCAUGAAGUGUCAACCUCAGUGAUGGCAUUUAAAUACUUGAUGCAGUAAGGGUUUAACAGAUUUGUUAGUCCUUACAUCAUACACCGCCCCCCCCUCCCCCCAAAGCCACACACACACACACCUUUUAAGAUGUUAUCUCUUUAAUGUUCACACCAUGUGACAUGUCCAAACCCCCUGUCAUGUCCAAACCCCCUGUCAUGUCCAAACCCCCUGUCAUGUCCAAACACCCUGUCAUGUCCAAACCCCCUGUCAUGACCAAACCCCCUGUCAUGACCAAACCCCCUGUCAUGUCCAAACACCCUGUCAUGUCCAAAACCCUGCCAUGUCCAAACCCCCUGUCAUGUCCAAACCCCCUGUCAUGUUCACAUUCCAUUUUAUGUCUUGUGUGAGUAAAAUCUGUAUACCAGCCUCAAAGAACUGACUUGACAUUACUUUAUUGUUAGCACUUUACAAACUCGGGAUUCCGCAACGCUGGUUGGUGCCUGUGAAUUUCUAGCAGAUGUGGUGUUUCAAGAUUUCCCAGCUGAGCUGUUCCUACAGAGGCCUGAAAUCCUUAAGGUAGCUGGACAAUAAAUGUAUUCUUACGAUUUUUUGGACUCUGAAGUCUUCAUAUAUAAACGAUAUAUUUUAUGGCUAAGGUGCCAACGGAAGGGGGCCCUGUCAACUGUCAUUUGCCUCCCAUUAAACCAUCAUUUUUUUAUGUUUCACCUUUUAUCCUCCCGACAAACCCUUCACACAAUCUCUCCAAAACCCCUUCCCUCUCUCACUUCUUCUACCACUCAAUCUUAUAUUCUACCCUAAAGUUUCCCCACCCCUGGGCCAAUGACCUUCAUCGCACCCUUUCCAAUAUGUCCACCCCUCAACCACCUGCAUCAAUUCAUCGCCUGGGCCCUCAACUCCACCCCGCCCACUAUCUCUACACCCCUAGCCUCCACCCUGUCCCCUAUCAGCUCCUCUGAUCAUCAACCUCUUCCCAGCUCAACCCACACCCAUUCCAAUCUCACCCCUGCCCCCUUACACCAACCCUAUUUCAGUAAAAUACGAUUAAUGUAGUAAAAUUUAUUAAAAUAUUCUCAUUUAGAAUCAUUGACAUUUCUGUAAAAAUAAUAAAAAAUUAUCAGGUUUAGAAAUGGAAAACAAAAUUUUUAAUGAAGUUUUUUUUUUUCUUUACUAGAACCUCCUGUCUAUCAUUUCCCUCCCUGACCCGGCUGAUCACCCAAUCGUGGUACAGGCCUGCAAGACCCUCACAUGUUUCAUCAAGUGUUUGCAAGUGCGGAUACGCUAUUUUCAAGAUCCAGCAAUAUAUACCUCUAAGCAAGGUGAGGCUGAGAUAUUUGCUAGCACAAAGCUGAGGUUUACAUGGUACAGACAAGGUGAGGCUGAGAUAUUUGCUAGCACAAAGCUGAGGUUUACAUAUUACAGACAAGGGGAAGUUGAGAUAAUGUGACAAAGCUGAGGUUUACAUAUUACAGACAAGGGGAAGUUGAGAUAAUGUGACAAAGCUGAGGUUAACAUAUUACAGACAAGGGGAAGUUGAGAUAAUGUGACAAAGCUGAGGUUUACAUAUUACAGACAAGGGGAAGUUGAGAUAAUGUGACAAAGCUGAGGUUUACAUAUUACAGACAAGGGGAAGUUGAGAUAAUGUGACCAAGCUGAGGUUUACAUAUUACAGACAAGGGGAAGUUGAGAUAAUGUGACAAAGCUGAGUUCUUCACAUAAGGACAAGUGAGGUUGAAGAUGCUGUUUCAAAUGUGAGGUCUACAUAAACAAGUCUUAUAUAUAUAUAACAAGUUAAAGUCUGCCUAACUAUUUUAUGAAGUCAUGGAAUUUUAUCAAGAAUUUUUUUGUGUCGUCAUUGGAGAUUAAUUCUGUCUCCAUGUGUGGAGACUAUUCUGUAUUUCAUAUUUUGGCACCAGUAAUCUUUUCUGUCGCAUUUCAAUUUUUGUGUGGCAGUUAUUAUUUUUGGCUAAAUGACAUUGAAAAUUGUUUUGUGAUUUGUGUCAUUUUUGAAGUGAGUGCGGCAGGAUUUUGUCAUAUUGAUAAUGGUGACCAUGUUUCCUUCUUGUUGCCAGAUUUCAACAGCAGCACAUCAACACUCGUGUCCUCCUCCAACAGUGCCGGUAGCCACAUCGUCGGCCUUCCAGUUCAGCAUCGCCACCAUUUCGACUGGCGGGACCAGAGACAUAGGGGGGAUGGCCAAGAUGGGGACAGCUCAACUUCAGACAGCAGGUCUGAACAAAUCUCUUCAUCAUUUGUUAUUGUAUGUUACUUCAGACAGCAGGUCUGAACAAAUCUCUUCAUCAUUUGUUAUUGUAUGUUACUUCAGACAGCAGGUCUGGACAAAUCUCUUCAUCAUUUGUUAUUGUAUGUUACUUCAGACAGCAGGUCUGAACAAAUCUCUUCAUCAUUUGUUAUUGUAUGUUACUUCAGACAGCAGGUCUGAACAAAUCUCUUCAUCAUUUGUUAUUGUAUGUUACUUCAGACAGCAGGUCUGAACAAAUCUCUUCAUCAUUUGUUAUUGUAUGUUACUUCAGACAGCAGGUCUGAACAAAUCUCUUCAUCAUUUGUUAUUGUAUCUUUCUAAAAGAAUAUUGUCCCGCAGCUGAUGUUGAAAGAAAUAGUCAGACAGGUGGUCACAUUGAGUUUAUUGGUGACAAUUAGUCAAGUAGAUUUUCGGAGAAGCUCCACAUGGCAAUUUGUUGAUUAUCCAAAGAAAUAUUUUUUUAAAUUAAAGAGAUAGGCAAAAUUAAUUAAAUUAUGAUACCUUGUGUGGUCAAAUUAAUUAAAUUCCAAAGCUUUGAUGCCAUCCAUGAAACCAAUCAUUUUUCAUCUUGAUCCACCAUAGAAUCCAGUUCUGAAGAGAAGCUUUGAUACAAAAUAAAAUCUUGCUCAAUCCAGGUCAUCCAGCGUCAAUUAUGAUCCUGGCCAAAGCAAUAUGGAGGCUGACCUCGAACUUGAGGAUGAGCCACGCCUGCAACACCAGCAGCUGACAGUUCCCCAGCUGUGCGUGGCGUUGCUACAGAGGGCCCUCCCCCAGCUGCAGACUUCCCAUGAGUCAUUGGGAGUUCAGGUGCUGGAGCUGGUGCAUGAGGUUCUGGUCGUGCUGGGACCAGUGCUGGACACGGAGGUGUGGUCAGACGGCAGGGACACGGCAAGGGAAGUGGUCAGUGACAAAAUUUGCGAACUGAUGUCAUGUUAUUGAGUUUAUUAUGUGUUAUGUCUAAGUAAAGAUGACAAGCUUUCAUAUUGCAAAUAUUACUCCCUUCUACUCAAAAAGUAGAGCUAUGUUUUUAUUUUGUUAUUUAUAAUGGCCUGACAUUGAGAAGUUUGAUGAACAUGACAUUAACAGUUAUUCCUAUUCUAGACUUCCUGAUAGGACAAAGAGAUUGAAGGAUAAUAACACUGUCCUUUCACAACUUGUUUUAAUUUUGAAGUCUCACCAUGACAUGAGGACGUAGCACCCAAUUAGAACCCAAUGCCACUGUAACAUGACAUGAGGACGUAGCACCCAAUUAGAACCCAAUGCCACUGUAACAUGACAUGAGGACACAGCACCCAAUUAGUACCCAAUGCCACUGUAAUAAAAUAAUUGAAUGCAGAGUUAUGCCUUCACCAGGUCGACCAUCUUAUGAACUGUCUGGACAGCAUAUCUGAGCUGCUGGUCUACCACCAUCAUAGUCAACACGCACUGACCCCCACAGACACAACACUGGGUGACCUUUCAACUCACAGAAUCCUCUACAUGGGACUGGUCAACACAUUGACCAGGUUCCUUACCAUCAUCCCACUGGAAAAGGUUUUUGUUCUAUUUUUAUGAUCUAAUUCAUAAAUAGUUAAAAUAUCUCUUUUUAACCAUUUGAGUAACUAUUUUAUGCUAUUGUUCUCUUAAGGUUAGCAUAUUUUUAUUAUUUGCAGUGAUAGCUUGUUAAUAAUUUUUUUCUUUUUCCCCAGAUGAAUUCAGUGUUGCCAGAAAAGCUGAAGUUGUUUCUGCCCACCAUCAUUUAUGACGAAGCCCUGGCAAUGACAAACUCUCGAUGUCGCACCAUCUGCCUAGCUGUUGCCCAGAGCCUAGGCCUGUCUGCUCCCAUCGACUUCCAGCAGGCCAUGGACAUUUGCCGCUCACUGACCAAAACAUGCUCAUUUUGUCUUCAGGCUGAAUCGGGAGUGAGUGAUGUACAAAUAUUGACCUGA